AUGUUUCUUGAUGUCUUAGUUCCAUCCAGGGAUGAAGAUGAGCCCAGCCCAAUGCCGUAUUCAAUAAAGCAAGAAAAUAUAGAUGAAGAGGAGUUGGAACCUCCAGUUGCUGUGCUCGUUGAGCCAAUCAAGAAGCACGAGGAAGUUUGUUUCAAGGAAGAGACGGAUCCUCUUGCUCCUGACUGUGAUAGUGUUGCUACUGCGUCAAUAAAACUAGAGGACGGGUUCAAUGUUUCAGAGGACGAGGACCAGGCGAUGAAGUUAGCACGAAGCCAGGGGCCUUGCACGAGCGCCAGCCGCGGCGUCUGCGGAGCAUCUCCCAGCGCGUCCAGCGACCCUGCUCUUCCCACGCUGGAUGCAGAGCGCCAAUAUUCCAAGGCUCUCGCACUUCACAAGCAGCGGCACAAGUUGGAGAGGCCUCAUCCGUGUGACGUGUGCGGGAAGGCUUUCACUACCGCAGCAGCUGUCGCCCUUCACAAGCGCGGGCACAAGGGGAAGCUAAAGCGCGCGCAAACAUCCGACGUGACCAGAAAACCACUUGUGAAGGCAGCUACUCGUGCUAUUCACAAACGCAGUAACACGAGGACGGGGCCUCAUUCAUGCAACGUGUGCGGGAACGGCACUCUCAUCCAGCACAAGCGCAUUCACACAGGAGAGUGUCCGUUUUCAUGUAAUGUGUGUGGCAAACGUUUCAAAGAAUCGGGCGCUCUCGUCAAUCACAAGCGUACUCACACGGGAGAACGACCGUAUGCAUGCCAUGUGUGUGGAAAAGGUUUUAGUGGCUCAAGUAACCUCGCCAGGCACAAACGUACGCACACUGGAGAGAGGCCGUUUUCAUGUGAUCUGUGCGGAAAGUCUUUUAAGGAGUCGGGCACCCUGGCUGAGCACAAGCGCACUCACACGGAAGAGGAUAUUAAAAUUAAAAUGGAACAGGCUGAAGAUGAGCCCAGCCCAGUACCGUAUUCAAUAAAGAAAGAAAUUAUAGAUGAAGAGGAGUUGGAACCUCCAGUUGCUGUGCUCGUUGAGCCAAUCAAGAAGCACGAGGAAGUUUGUUUCAAGGAAGAGACGGAUCCUCUUGCUCCUGACUAUGAUAGUGUUGCUACUGCGUCAAUAAAACUAGAGGACGGGUUCAAUGUUUCAGGCGCCGAGGGCUCUCCGCCGUCAGAGGACGAGGUCCAGGCGAUGAAGUUAGCACGAAGCCAGGGGCCUUGCACGAGCGCCAGCCGCGGCGUCUGCGGAGCAUCUCCCAGCGCGUCCAGCGACCCUGCUCCUCCCACGCUGGAUGCAGAGCGCCAAUAUUCCAAGGCUCUCGCACUUCACAAGCAGCAGCGCAAGAAGCGAAAGCGCGCGCAAACAUCCAACGUGACCAGAAAACCACUUGUUGAGGCAGCUACUCAAGCCAUUCACAAACGCAGUAUCACGACGAAGGGGCCUCAUUCAUGCGACGUAUGUGGGAAGGUUAUCACAACCUUAAGCAACCUCAUGACCCACAAGCGAGUACAUACAGGAGAACGUCCAUAUGCUUGCGAUGAGUGCGGAAAGGCUUUUAAUCAGUCAUGUGACCUCACCAGGCACAAGCGCAUUCACACGGGAGAGAGGCCUUAUUCAUGCAACAUGUGCGGGAAGGGUUUCACUACCUUACGCAACCUCGUCACACACAAGCGCACACACACUGGAGAACGGCCAUAUGUAUGCGAUGUUUGCGGUAAAGCUUUCAGUUGUUUAAACAGUCUGAUCUGUCAUAAGCGAACACACACUGGAGAGCGGCCGUAUUCAUGUGAUGUGUGUGGAAAGUCUUUUAAGGAAUCGGGCACCCUGGCCGAGCACAAGCGUACUCACACGGGUGAGCGGCCGUUUUCAUGCGAUGUGUGCGGAAAUGGUUUUAAAACAUCAAGCAACCUCACCGUGCACAAGCGCACUCACACGGGAGAGCGUCCGUAUUCAUGUAAAGUGUGUGGAAAUGCUUUCAAAGACUCUGGCACUCUAGCCAAGCACAUGCGCACUCACACGGGAGAGCGACCGUAUUCAUGCGAUGUGUGUGGAAAAGCUUUUUCAGAAUCAAGCAACCUCACCGUGCACAAGUUCUCGCACAAGGGACAUCAACCGAUUGGCUGUGACGCGUGCUCCCUUCGCUUCAGUAGGAAGUCCGCGAUGAUAUCUCACUGGCAACGCUUUCACGUGACAAAGUGAACUUUGCUGUAGCUGUCCACUAUUGCAUCCUCAGUGUAGAGUAAAAUUAAAUUACAAAGUUAAUUGAAAUUGGUAUGUACGUGGUACAUGUAAAAUGUGAGAAUGUAGAGUCAUUUCUAUCUCCAUAACUGUUUAUAAACUAGUAAAUUGCACUUCAAGAUCGUCUGUAUGUUCUGAAGCAUUUAAAAUAAUAUUUUUAUAUGAUUAUGUAAUUCAUCAAAAUAUGUGAACAAAUUACUUUUAAAAACAAUUGAACUAAAAAUAAUCCUGUAUUAAACCGAAAAUAGCCAGUUCAAUCUUGUAAUGAUUUUUAAAUUCUUUCAUGGUAAACAAUCAUAAUUUUGUGUAAGAAAUAACCAUUAAAACUUAAUCAACACAAACCUAUACAAAUAAGUUAAAAACAAUGUUCAAAAUAGUGUGAACUGACAAAAUACAAACUUCAAUAGCUAGUUUUCCAAACUGCAAUAUAUAUACAAUAAGUGCUGAAAGAAAACUCAAAUAAAUUUAACAGUGAAAUGCAAAUUUUAUUAUCCGACUGCAUGAACGCAAAAGGUUUUGUCAUGCCAUUUAUCAUUGCCAUUACUCACCGUCAGGUUUUUUGACUGAGUUCUCAGAUUUUGUUAAUAUUUUAGUAUAUGAAUACAGUGUUUAUGCUCUAAUGAACAAUUGAAAGACAACUUAUACUAUUUAUGUUUUCACGGGUUUACAACGAUUACGGGGUGAACGUGGAGGAUGAUAAUACACUUAACCCGUCGAUGCACCGAAUAAGAAUAUUACACUUACGCUUCAAUGGCCUCUGAGCCCCCCCUCCUAAUCACCACGCGUUAAGAGGAUUCCCCCGCCCCCAAAUUUAGCAACUGGAUUUAUCCUCUUUUUCGUUAACAGGGAACUGGAAUAAGAGGUUUUCUGCCGAAAAUU